AUGACCAGCACGUCGCCUCACCUGCUGGCUGUAGGCAUCGUCACGAUCUGCGGUGGCGGGAAUGGCGCCCACGUAGCAGCCACGUACUUGGUGUCCAAAGGCGUGCGCGUGCAGGUGUUGACUCGCCAACCGGAACGCUGGGCGCAGACGCUGGAGCUGAGCACGGCUGGCAGCAGCUGGGAACCCAAAGGCACGAUCACGGGUCGCCUGAGCCUCGUGUCCAAGCACGCCAAGCACGUCGUGCCUCAGUCCGACGUCGUCAUUCUCGCGGCACCUGCCAAUGUCCACCCAUUGAUCCUGGAGCAAGUCGGGCCUUACCUCAAAAAGGGGGUCAAGCUGGGCACGUUGUUUGCUCAAGGCGGCUUUGACUGGGCCGUGCAGAAGGCGCUCGGAGAAGACCGACUUGCCAAUGUCGAUCUGCUCUUUGGUCUGCAGAACAUCCCGUGGAUCUGCAAGGUGACGGAAUACGGCCACAAGUGCCGCAUCAUUGGACCCAAGCAGUGUCUGUACGUGGCUUGCUACCCCGUCGAGCGCAAAGCAGAAGCUGCGACGCUCGUGCAGACGCUGUUUGACAUUCCGUGCAAGACCGUGGCCAACUUUCUGAACUUGACGCUCACGUCGUCGAACCAGAUCAUCCAUCCAGCUCGCUACUACUCGAUCUUCCGUGACUGGGACGGCAAGAGGACGUACACCCUCGAGGAGCUCAAGAACCGCAAGGGUCUCACACUGUAUGCGGACUUUGACGAGUUUGCUGCUGAGCAGCUGGCAGCUCUGGACAACGAACUGCAGCAAGUCAAGCACGCUCUCCUCCAGCGGUUUCCAGCUCUGGACUUGUCGGACGUGCUGCCCAUCGGAGACCGAGUGGUGAAGCACUACGGCAAGGACGUGGCCGAUUGCUCGUCCCUUUUGCAGAUCUUCCGCACGAAUUUAGGCUACGCCGGAUGCGCAACGCCCUUGACGGAAGUGUCCAAGGGGGCCUUCCAUCCAGCCGUCAACUCGCGUCUGUUCUGGGAAGACAUUCCCUACGGCUUGUGCAUCCUGAAGAACAUGGCCGAGCUACUGGGCAACUUCCCCACGCCUCGGAUCGACUUUUUGAUCCGCUGGCACCAGCGUCACAUGGGCGUGGAAUUCCUCACUCCUGACGGACAGCUGAACGCCCGGGAGCUGUGGCGUACAGGAGCCCCCAACAAGUACGGCAUCCACAGUCUGGAAGACCUCGUCUCGACGUCCCUGCCCAAGGAAAUGCAGCACUACCGUCACCCGCGAUCGCGAAUGUAG